AAAACCGAAAGGACUUUUGUGUUUCGCGAAUUUUUUAUCUCUUCCCUUUUCAAAAUCUCGAAUUCUCUCUCACAAAGAAGCAAAGAUCUCAACUCCAUUAUUUGGCCCAUCAGAUUUCGCCCAAUUUGGAUCCAACUCAAACAAACAACUUUCUUAAGAAAGAAUAGUUAAGAUAUUGGAAAAAGAAUGAACAGAUGUCACUUUAAAAGAACUUUCCAAAGCUCUAUAUAAAUAAAUUAUCAGAGGAGAAGCGAAAGAAGCAAAGCACCCAAGAGAAGAAGGGAAAGUAAACAAAGAAAGAAGAAUGAAGCAAUGCACAGAUGGAAAACUCGCUUGCGAUUCAGAAGAACUAUCCAUGCUCAAAAAUCAAGAAGUCUGUCCUAAAAGAAAACUACCAAAGAGAAUAAUACUGGUCAGGCAUGGCGAGAGCCAAGGGAACUUGGACAUGUCAGCAUACACAACUACACCAGACUAUCGAAUCCCUCUAACUCCUCUUGGGCUUGAGCAGGCUCGAGCUGUGGGUCAAAAUAUUCGACGAGUGGUUUCUGGUGGUUUUGAGGAGGCGAUAGAAAAUUGGAAGGUGUAUUUUUAUGUGUCGCCUUAUGAGAGGACACGAGGAACUUUAAGAGAGAUGGGACGAGCGUUUGGGAGGAAGAGGAUUAUUGGGGUGAGAGAGGAGUGUAGGAUUAGGGAGCAGGAUUUUGGGAAUUUCCAGGUGGAGGAGAGGAUGAAGGCGGUGAAGCAGACGAGGGAGAGGUUUGGGAGGUUUUUCUUUCGGUUCCCGGAGGGCGAGUCUGCCGCCGAUGUGUUUGAUAGAGUUGCAAGCUUCAUGGAGUCCUUAUGGAGAGACAUCGACAUGAAGAGACUCGACCAAGAUGAGACCACAGAAACCAACCUCAUAAUAGUAUCACAUGGCCUCACCUCCAGAGUAUUCCUAAUGAAGUGGUUCAAGUGGACAGUUGACCAGUUUGAGACGCUCAACAAUUUUGGCAACUGCGAGUAUAGAGUGAUGCAGUUGGGGCCCACAGGGGAGUACAGCCUCGCAAUUCACCACUCAAAGGAGGAGAUGGAGCAGUGGGGGCUUUCGCCUGAGAUGAUAGCUGAUCAGCAAUGUAGAGCUGGUGUUAGUAGCUGGAAUGAGCUCUCGUCAUCGUAUCUUGAGAGUUUCUUUAAUGGGGUUAAUGAGCCUUCAUCGGAGGAGGAUAAUUUGGAUGAAAAAUUGUGAUUGUUGAUGUUUGAAAAACAUACCAACUUGGGUUUAGAGUAAUUCUUUGAACAGUUAUGUAUUCUGAUGUUUAGUCUUGUUUUUCUUUGGGUUAAUUAUGGAUCGAUUCCCUAUACUAUCGCCAAAUUGAACUUACUACCUAAAGUUCUAUUGUUGUAGAAAGACACCUGAGUGAAAAUUUUUGAGCCUUUCAGGAUCUAUCUAUAGCAAAAGAACUCCUUCGGUGGGUCUAUUGGCAACAAAGAACUAUAGGGUAAGUUCAAUUUGGAAUAGUUCAAGGGGUUAUUUGCAAUUAAC